AUGCGAUCUUUCGCUUCUUGGGCCGUGAGCCUUCUCAGCGUCACGGUCGCGGUCUCGGCCUCGGAGCCGGCGGCAGACGCGGAUGCUGACUCGACGGUCAUCUCGUUGACCAAGGAUACCUUUGACAGCUUCGUGAAGGAGCACCCCUUGGUCCUGGCCGAGUUCUAUGCUCCGUGGUGCGGUCACUGCAAGGCGCUCGCCCCCAAGUAUGAAGAAGCAGCGCAGGAGCUGAAGGCCAAGGACAUUCCCUUGGUCAAGAUCGACUGCACUGCCGAGGAAGAGCUGUGCCGGACCUACGACGUCGAUGGAUACCCGACUUUGAAGGUGUUCCGUGGAGCGGAAGACCCCAAGCCAUAUGGUGGUGCCCGUCAGACCGAAUCGAUCGUCUCAUACAUGACCAAGCAGUCGUUCCCGGCUGUGUCGAGCGUGACCGAAGAGAACUUGGAGGAAUUCAAGACGAUGGACAAAAUUGUGAUCAUUGGCUACAUCGCGUCGGAUGACAAGGCUUCCAACAAGAGCUUCACCGCGUUUGCUGAGUCGCAGCGAGACAACUACCUGUUCGCUGCUUCCAACGACGCCGCCCUCGCCAAGGCGCAGGGUGUUAAGCAGCCCUCGAUUGUUCUCUACAAGGAUUUCGAUGAGAAGAAGGCCGUGUUCGAUGGCAAGCUCGAGAACGAGGCCAUUCUGGAAUGGGUCAACAUCGCCAGCACUCCGCUUGUUGGUGAGCUGGGCCCUGAGACUUACUCCAAGUAUAUCACGGCUGGUAUUCCGCUGGCGUACAUCUUCGCGGAGACCGCAGAGGAGCGCGAGGCUUUCACCAACGAGUUCAAGCCGAUCGCCGAGAAGCACCGCGGUGCCAUCAACAUUGUCACCCUGGAUGCCAAGCUGUUUGGUGCCCACGCCGGCAAUCUCAACCUGGAGCCAGAGACUUUCCCGGCCUUUGCCAUCCAGGAUACCACCAAGAACGUCAAGUACCCCUACGAUCAGAGCAAAAAGAUCGAGGCCAAGGCCGUCGGCAAGUUCAUCCAGGACGUUCUGGAUGGCAAGAUCGAGCCUAGCAUCAAGUCCGAGCCCGUCCCCGAGACCCAGGAGGGCCCGGUCACCGUUGUUGUCGGCAAGAGCUACCAGGAGCUCGUCAUUGACAACGACAAGGAUGUCCUGCUGGAGUUCUAUGCUCCGUGGUGCGGUCAUUGCAAGUCUCUUGCGCCCAAGUAUGACGAGCUUGCCGAGAUGUACUCUGGUGAUCUGGCCGAGAAGGUCACCAUUGCUAAGAUCGACGCCACCGCCAACGACGUCCCGGAUUCGAUCACUGGCUUCCCUACCAUCAAGCUCUACCCGGCCGGUUCCAAGGACGAACCCAUUGAGUAUUCUGGGUCUCGCACCGUGGAGGACCUGGUCGCUUUCAUCAAGGAGAACGGCAAAUACAAGGUCGAGGGCGUGGCUAGUGGUGAGAGCAAGCCCCAGGAGGGAGGCGAUGUGACCGCGCCGGCGGCAGCCGAGACCCCUGCUCCUGCCGAGGCCGAGCAUGACGAGCUGUAA